AAAGGACAGAAGAAGACAUGGCUGAAGUGUCACUGUACCUCACCAACGUUAACGUGUCUCUGGGGCAAACUAUGGACCCAGAAAAGAGUUCUACGGUGGUGAAGGAGUUUGAAAAUGUGGAACUUGGAGAUCUGGGCAAAAAGAAGCCAAGGAUUCCUCGCAGAACAAUCUACUUUGCCUCUGGUGAAACCAUGGAGGAGUACAGUACAGAUGAAGAGGAGGAAGAAGAACCAGAGAAAGCGAAAACUUUAAGUACAGUGGAUACGGUGAGUUGCAUCAAAUCGUUAAAGGUCCCAUAUUGUCAAAACUGAAAU